GAUUAGAAAGUUGUUAAAUUUCCAGCUUAGAAUUUAAUUUUGUAGUUUUAUUAAAAAGUGAAAUGACCACCACAAAGAUUAACCAGAAGGAGUACCUGAAGCGCUACCUCUCCAACGACAAGGACAAAAAGAAAAAGAAGAAGAAAAAGGACAAACAUGUGGCUGGAAAAGCCAACGUCAAAAUCAUCGACGCCGACGAUCCAGGCGGCUUCGGCCUCGAGCAGCCCAUCCAGGACGAGUCCGAGCUGUAUGGGUUGGGCGACGAGGCGCCGCAGAUUGUCGGUGUAAUCGACGAUCGGCCGGCGGAGCUGAAGGCCAAGGAAGACUUUGGCAGCAGCAAGUGGAAGAAGCUGGCGGCGGAUCCCGGCGAGGACAGGUGGGGCGUUCCCUCGGGGUCGUCGAAGACGGGUAGUGGGAGAAGGGACUCGGACGCGAGUCCUCCGAGGAGGGGGAAGAGUCCGGUUCAGAGGAGGAGGAAGGAUUCGGACGAGAGCCCUCCGCGAAGGAAGGAGAGGGCGGAACGAAGUCCGGUGAGUGCUCCGAGGAGGAAGGACAAGGAACGUGACAAACGGGACGCUCGCAAGGAGAGAAGAAAGUACAGCUCGGAUGAAAGUCCUCCGAGAAGGAAGAGCAAGAGUCCUGUGAGGAAGUCGAAAUCGGAUCGAAGUCCGGCGAGGAAGCGGUAUUCGGAUUCCGAUCCAAGUCCACCAAGAAAGCGCGAUAAGCACCGGGAUGAGCCGUCCAAAAGUUCGCGGAGGGGGCACGACUCGGACCAGAGUCCUCCGAGAAAGUCUCGAAGCAAUCGCCGACGGGAUUCCGACGCAAGUCCGCCGAGAAGACGCCAGGAGAUCAAGCACGAACGUCGCGAUUCAGACGAGAGUCCACCACGGCGAGGUCGCGAGAUCCCGCAGGUUCGAAUCAAACAGGAACCUCCGGAUUCGGACGAAAGUCCGCCAAGGAAACCAAAUCGUCGCCGCGACUCGGAUCAAUCUCCUCCCCGUCGGAUUAAGCGGGAACGUGCGGACAGUCCGGAGGCGGGACCGUCCGGCCGGAAGAUGACCCUAACGUUGGAUGGAAAACGGGCCGGGUUGCAGAACGCGCGCGAUUUGAAGGUUGAGAAUGAAAAGUCUCGUCGCCGGGAGGACGAGCUGUUUGAGCAGAUGUCUGAGGAGGUUUCUGGGAGGUACGCCAAAACGGUGGUUCGGGAGAAGCGCCGGAAGCGCGAGGACGUCGAGGAGGAGCUGCGGCAGGAGUUUGAGAAGCGCAAGCGGGACGAGAAGAAGAAGGAAAAGUACACGAGGUGGGGAAAGGGUGUGAAGCAGGUCGAGGAUUACAAGGCCCAGCUGGAGGAGGCCGCCCACGAGAUGGCGAAGCCGUUGGCGCGUUACGCUGACGAUCAGGAUCUGGACGAGCACCUGAAGCAGCAGGAACGAAUCGGGGAUCCGAUGCUGGAUUACAUCCGGAGCAAGAAGAAGGAAAAGGACCGCGCUGAAGGACGACCUCAGAAGCCGCAGUUCAAGGGAUCGUUUCCGGACAACCGGUUCGGCAUUCGGCCCGGGUAUCGCUGGGACGGCGUGGACCGCUCGAACGGGUUCGAGAAGAAGUGGUUCGAAAUGACGAGCAAGAAGAAGGCCGUUGAGGAGGAGGCGUACAAGUACAGCGUUGAAGAUAUGUAAGACUAGAUAAAUUUAAUUCUUUU